CUGCUUUACCCACUGCACCACCGUCACUGUCAAUGUUGUACCUAGUCCCAGUCAGGGAUGAAGAAGCAGAGUCUCAGAGAAAAGCCAAGUCUCGUCAUGCCAGACAGACCCGCAGGUCAACACAGGGUGUGACGCUGACAGACCUGAAAGAGGCUCAGAAGACCAACAGCAUGUCUCCUCAAGACAGACAAAUGGAUGAAGCAGACAGGUCCUGUGUGAGGAAGGGCUUGACAGAUGACAGGAGGGUCCAGUUCAGCCUGACAAUGUGCACAGAAACAACAGAGAUCAGUCCAAAGUGGAGCAAACUGGAUGAGCAGGGGAACAUUGAACCUAAGUUAGAAACCCUCACUGAGUCUCCAGGACCAAAACUUCCAUAUUCAUCUGUUGCUGAAUCCUGUGGGCUGUCUUACUGCAACAGCUCCUUCAGAGUUAGUGAGAGGUGGUGGAGAGAUGAAAAUCAGAACCGCGUUGAGGACGCAGCACAAGUGACCUUCACCACAAAGCAGCAACAGAGACGACACUGCUGUAAUGUCGGAGGUUCAGACGACAAAACUGCACAGGUAUGA